AUGCACAAAGUUCGCCAUGCGGCCAGGUCCCUGGCCUGGUACGACCGGGAAGAAGAAGAACAAGCGGGUUGCAACCCCAAUCCGUUCAAGAAGUUCAGAGUCCGUCCACCGCGUCGUCGCACGAGCCAGUUGGAGCGUGGUCUGCUGGAGGGCUCAGCAGAGGAACGGCAACCCUUGGAGGAUGCAAAGAAUACUGAAGUCGUUCCACCGCCAUCCUCGAGCAGCGACCAGACCAGGGCCGUCGAUGGCAGCAUCGAGGAGAGAGACGCGCCUUCGCAGACGACUCCAAAUGAGCCGAUCAGCACCUCCCAAGACGCCCGCCAUUCGGUCGAGGGCGGACCUCGCCAGAGGAAAAAGACGUCCGACACCCCGCCUCAAAACGACGACGAGGAGGAGCAAAAGUCCGUCUCAGACAAGCAGAAAUUCACCGUCGUCGGCCAGCUGAAAGCGACCAUCUUCAAUUCGUGGAUCAAUGUCCUUUUGGUCGCUGCGCCCAUUGGAAUUAUCGUCAAUUGUCUGCAUCUGGAUCCCAGGGCCAUCUUCGUGACCAAUUUUAUCGCCAUCAUGCUGACAACCCUACUCAGACCCCUUGCUGCAAUGUUGAGUUACGCAACUGAGGAAAUCGCCCUACGAACUGGGGAGACACUCGGCGGCCUGUUGAACGCAACGUUUGGCAAUGCUGUUGAAUUGAUCGUUGCCAUCCUGGCCCUCGUGGAUAAUCAGGUGGUCAUCGUGCAGACCUCUCUCAUUGGGAGUAUGUUGUCGAACCUGCUCCUGGUGAUGGGCAUGUGCUUCUUCUUUGGCGGAGUGAACCGAAUGGAACAGAAAUUCAACGUGGUCGUCGCUCAGACGGCGUCGAGUCUGCUCGCGCUGGCUGUCGGCAGUCUGAUUAUUCCCACUGCCUUUCACCAGUGGUCUGGCGCUGGCACAAAUGGAAUUGCGCCUUUGUCUCGAGGUACCAGCGUGAUCUUGUUGGUGGUGUAUGGCGCCUAUCUGUUCUUCCAGCUCAAGUCACACGUGGAGAUCUACAACAAACCAAGCGAGAAGACGGAGAAGAGAGGCAACAAAAAGUCCGAGGGCGAUGCUAGCAAAGGCCUGGCCCAGAUUGGCAUGAUGGGCGCCAGCCUCGCCGGCAAGAACGAGCAUGUCCAGAUGGUCGAGCCGGAGGAAGAAACGGAAGAACCUCAGCUCCACAUCGCGGUCGCUGUCUUCACUCUUGCGGCGUCAACUGCGCUCGUCGCAGUUUGCGCGGAGUUCAUGGUCGAUUCGAUCGAUAAAAUCACCGAGGAUGGCGGGUUAUCCAAGACGUUUGUCGGUUUAGUGCUGCUUCCCAUUGUGGGCAAUGCAGCGGAGCAUGCGACGGCCGUUACGGUUGCAGUGAAGGACAAGAUGGAUCUGGCCAUCGGGGUGGCCGUGGGAUCCAGCAUGCAAAUUGCGCUGUUGGUUCUCCCACUGACCGUGGUGAUCGGAUGGAUUAUCGGCAACGCUGACAUGACGCUGUACUUUGAUGGAUUCCAAAUCACCGUGCUCUUCGUUUCGGUGCUCCUGGUCAACUAUCUGAUCGCCGAUGGCAAGUCACACUGGCUGGAGGGCGUUUUGCUGAUGACGCUGUACAUCAUCAUUGCGGUGGCAUCAUGGUUUUAUCCAUCCAAUGCGAAAACCAGCUGA